AUGCCAUUACAGAAAUUAACGUACACUAAAAAGGAUAUGAAGGACAGCGAACAGUGGUUGGUUGUUUUUGAUGAUACGGAAACUGCUUUGAAUAAAUUAGCAGAGGAAGUGGAGAACAGAAAUCAAAUAUUUCGCAACAAUUCGAACGCUAGUGAGCUUCCAAAAUUAAAUUCCGAAAUUAGGAGACAAUUUAAAUCCAUAGAACGAGUGUUGAUCGAUUUAAAGGAAACAUUACCUCAAUUUUCAAAUGAAUUAUCACAACGAGAAAUAACAAGAAGGAAGGAUGCUCUUCAGAACACAAUUCAAAGAGAACAACAAAUGAAAAAGAAGUUUGAUAAUCCGUCUAUUGGAAGAAACAAAUUACUAACAGUAGAGGACAAUGAGCCAAUUUCAAAAGGACCAUAUGACAGAAGCCAAGAACCGGAAUCUAUACGAGAUUUAGAGAGUCAUCAAAUUCUCACUUACCAACAAAGAGUCAUGGAGGACCAAGAUAAAAGCUUGGACAUGUUAAAUCAGGCCCUCGAUAGAACUAAACAAAUUGGGCUUAGUAUUGACGAAGAACUUGACGAACAUUCACGAUUACUCGAAGACAUUCAUGAGAAUGUUGACGUUACCGAAUCCAAGAUCAAAGUUCAAACCAAGAAAAUGGUCAAUCUUGCAAAAAAGAAUUCCUUCAUGUGUUGGGGAAUAGUCAUUGCAGUGAUUUUAUUUAUUAUUGCUGUGGGUCUCCUCAUUGUGUUGCUCACAACCACAAAAUUCUAA